AUGGCAACGAUCAAGGCGAUCGAGGCUCGUUCGGUGCAUCAAAUCCAGUCUGGGCAGGUCAUUGUAGACUUGUGCUCCGUUGCCAAAGAAUUGGUUGAAAACAGCCUGGACGCCGGCGCAACGACGAUAGAGGUCCGAUUCAAAAAUAAUGGGCUGGACCUGAUUGAGGUGCAGGACAAUGGAAGUGGCAUCUCGCCCGACAACUACGAGAACGUCGCCCUGAAACACUACACCUCCAAACUCUCCUCCUACGAAGACCUCUCCAGCCUCCACACUUUUGGCUUUCGCGGCGAAGCUCUAUCCUCGCUAUGUGCUCUUGCGGACUUCCACAUCACUACCGCUCGCGCGGAUCAAGUGCCUCGUGCCAACCGGUUGGACUUUGAGAUCUCUGGCAAGUUGCGCAAGACUCAGAUUGUAGCCGGACAAAAGGGUACGACAGCCUCCGUGGAGGGCAUCUUCAAGCGACUCCCCGUGCGACGACGAGAGCUGGAGAAGAAUAUCAAGCGAGAAUAUGGCAAAGUGCUGAAUCUGCUCCACGCUUAUGCAUGUAUCAGUGUUGGCGUCAAAUUCAGUGUCAGGAAUACCGUGGGCAAGACGAAAAACGUGAUUGUGUUCUCGACGAAUGGAAAUCGCACGACCAAAGACAACAUUGCCAACGUGUACGGCGCCAAGACGCUGUCGGCGUUGAUUCCGCUCGAGCUCAAUCUCGAAUAUGAACCCUCCGGUCCCAUGAAACAUCUCGGCGGGGGAGGGCAAUCUCACCAGCUAGUCAUCAAAGGCCAUAUCUCCCGACCGGUCUUUGGAGAAGGACGCCAGACACCGGACCGGCAGAUGUUUUUUGUGAACUCGCGACCUUGUGGACUCCCGCAAAUUGCGAAAGCGUUCAACGAGGUGUAUAAAUCCUUCAAUGUGUCGCAGUCGCCUUUCAUCUUCGCUGAUUUUCAAAUGGAUACCAAUGCCUACGAUGUGAACGUGUCGCCGGAUAAGCGGACUAUUCUCCUUCAUGACGCGGGGGCUUUGAUCGACUCCCUCAAGGCUUCUUUACUGCAACUGUUUGAAGCAGCCGACCAGACGGUACCGCAGUCGCAGCUGUCGGGCCCCAAGACCGGGAAGACGAUACCGCGGCAGCAAAGCUUAGGGUCACUACCAGGGUUUGUCACUGCUCGUGAAGUCGCUCAAGGAACCCUUGACAGGACCCAGACCCCAGUCAAGAACCGAAGCUCGGAUGAUUUGGAAAAGAGCACCGAAGAAAUACCAGGCACCAUCUCAAGCAGUCUCAAGAGAUUUGCCAGCACACAGAGCGAGCCCGGUGAAGGGGAGCCCCUGUCCACUCCGAUCAGAUCUACUCGAUCAACGCAGCAAACUCCAUUACGACCUUCCGCGAUUGGACGUUUCAGCUCCACAGGAUCUGAGCACGCAAGUGACAAUGAGUUCGAAAAGCCACCUGAGAAGGCUUCGGAUGAAGACCAUGAAGCGGCAAGCCGCCGCCCUUCAUCUCCGCCUUGUGGACCACUCUCCGCGUCAUCCCAGGCCCCCGAUGCGGCUGAUGAUCUGCCAAAUGUGGUACAGAAUGCAUUCGAUCGCAUGCGACCCUGUCGGCAACCCCGUGAAAUGGCCACCAUCACCAUUGCGGGGCACACGGUGACCUCUGUCAUUGGGAGUGGUCGGCCCCGGAAGCGGCUUUCUGAUACUGGAUAUUCGUCUAAUGGCCCAGCCAAGCGCAAGCGUAGGAUUCAUACGCCGUCACGGCCUGGGAUUUUUGGUGAUCAAUUGAAAGCCUUUGCAGCGCCCGGUUCUCACUUUGAUGCGACAGAUGGAGAUGACGAUGACGAGGAAGAAGAAGAAGGAGAAGGAGAAGAAGAAGAGGAGGGAGGAGGAGAGGAGGAGGAGGAGGAGGAGGAGGUGGAGGAGGAGGAGGUGAAUAUUUUUGACGAGUCAAGAGAAAGCAGGCAUGACGAGCCUGCGGGCACAAGUCCAGAGAUUCGACGAGGCCAGACCGAUGGAGAGGUUCAUUCAUCCGGCAUUGACAACGAGGCACAUGAGCCUAGUAAGCCACCUCGAACGAAUGGCCAGGAUAUAGAGAACGACCGGCAGUCAGGUCCAGAGCCGGGAACAAUCAUGGAAGACGACGCUUCUCUUGACGAAGCUGCCAAAAAGGCUCAAGAAGACGCUGUCGUUCAACGUCUGAUCCACCAAGCCGAAGAAAAAGCCGUCUUGUCGUCCACUCACACCACCAGCCGUGCAAACAAGCUGAACAAGGGGGCUUCCCAUCGAGAUGCCACUGUUUCACUCAUCACCACCAUGGAGACCUCGGCCUCACAGCUACGCACGCAACUCGAACAGCUGCGACAAAUUCCGAAGACACACGAGGUCUCCUCUUCCCAGCGAUCAGAGACGGAUGGGGCCGAUGGUCAGACUGCCGAGGACCGCCUGUCUCUUACGGUCAGUAAGACCGACUUUGCGCAAAUGCGUAUUGUUGGCCAAUUCAAUCUGGGAUUCGUCAUCGCCGUGCGGCCGGGAGCCGACCAGGACGAGCUUUUCAUCAUCGAUCAACAUGCGUCGGACGAGAAGUUCAAUUUUGAACGUCUCCAAGCCGAGACGGUGGUGCAGAACCAGCGUCUAGUCCGACCGCAACGCCUGGAUCUCACGGCGGUGGAAGAGGAGAUUGUGCUCGAGAACCGGUCGGCUCUCGAGAAGAAUGGAUUCGUCGUGCAUGUGGACGAGAGCGGCGAUGAGCCUAUCGGUCGACGAUGCCAGCUGGUUUCGCUUCCGCUCAGCAAGGAAGUCGUCUUUGGGUCGCGUGAUCUGGAAGAGUUGAUUGUGCUUCUGUCCGAGUGGCCGGCGACCAACGGUGUGUCGGUGCCGCGACCUAGUAAAGUCCGCAAAAUGUUUGCGAUGCGGGCCUGCCGAUCCAGCAUCAUGAUUGGGAAAACCUUGACGACCCGACAGAUGCAACGAGUGGUGCGGAAUAUGGGCACAAUCGACAAGCCUUGGAACUGCCCCCAUGGACGGCCGACGAUGCGGCACUUGAUGAGUCUGGGGUCCUGGGAGGCAUUUGACGAGUAUCAAGAUCCUCGAGGGGACACUGAGACAGCAGAAGAGGAUGGCGCACGGGGACUGGACAUUUGGAGGAAAUACGUAGAGGAUGCACAGAGAGAAGACGAUGAAGAGGUGGAAGGAGAAGAACUGCCCAUGUGA